UUGCAGAUUUGUAGGAGAAUCUCCCAAACCCACGUUUACUGUUCGGCUUCGGCACAUCACAUUAUAUACACCUAUACAUACACAACACAACCAUUGAGCAGUGUUUGGUCACAGACUGUAGAAACAGAGUUACAGAGGUUUUGUAAGAAAAGCGGCAAUGGGGGUGGAGACUAAACGGCCAUUUUUGAAGCCCUUGUUGCUUUUAAGCUGUCUUAUGUUGUGGGCUGCUUUUGCAGAGGCUGAAUACACGAAAUACAGAGAUCCCAAACAGCCCCUUGGUGUUAGAAUCAAAGACUUGAUGAGUAAAAUGACCCUCGAAGAGAAGAUUGGGCAGAUGACUCAGAUUGAGAGGAAGUUGGCCUCUCCUGAUAUCAUGAAGAAGUAUUACAUUGGGAGUGUGUUGAGUGGUGGAGGAAGUGUACCAUCUCCCAAAGCUACACCAGAGGAUUGGGUGAAUAUGGUGAAUGAUUUUCAAAAAGCCUCCCUUUCUACUCGCUUAGGAAUCCCUAUGAUUUAUGGCAUUGAUGCUGUUCAUGGCCACAACAAUGUAGAUCCCGAUCUUUUGAAGAGAAUUGGAGCUGCAACUGCACUUGAAGUUAGAGCCACAGGAAUUCAAUACGCCUUUUCGCCUUGUAUUGCUGUGUGUAGAGAUCCGAGGUGGGGUCGUUGUUAUGAAAGUUAUAGUGAGGAUCAUAAAAUUGUUCAAGUCAUGACCGAGAUUAUACCUGGUUUACAGGGUGAACUCCCGUCUAAUGCUCGAAAGAACGUUCCUUUUGUCACCCCCGGAAAGACCAAAGUUGCCGGUUGUGCGAAGCAUUUUGUUGGAGAUGGUGGCACGGUUAACGGGAUUGACGAAAACAAUACGGUAAUCGACUAUAAAGGUUUGAUGAGCAUUCACAUGCCCGCAUAUUUCGACUCGAUUAGUAAAGGUGUGGCCACUGUUAUGGUGUCCUACUCGAGCUGGAACGGCAAAAAGAUGCACGCAAAUCAAGAACUUGUAACGGGCUUUCUUAAGAAUAAACUUAAAUUCAGGGGAUUUGUUAUAUCAGAUUGGCAGGGUAUUGAUAGGAUCACAAGCCCGCCACAUUCGAACUAUUCUUAUUCUGUUCAAGCUGGAAUUCUUGCAGGAAUUGAUAUGAUUAUGCUUCCCGAGAAUUUCACAGAAUUUAUCGAUGAUCUGACUUUCCAAGUGAAGAACAAAAUCAUCCCCAUGAGCAGAAUAGAUGAUGCCGUUCGAAGAAUACUAAGAGUCAAAUUCACCAUGGGUUUAUUUGAGGAUCCUAUAGCUGAUCUAAGCCUAGCAAACAAACUCGGCAACCCGGAACAUAGGGACUUGGCAAGAGAAGCUGUGAGAAAAUCGCUCGUCCUUUUGAAGAACGGCAAAAGAGCUAAUCGGCCAUUGCUGCCCCUUUCAAAGAAAGUGCCGAAAGUUCUAGUUGCUGGGACUCACGCGGAUAACUUGGGGUAUCAAUGUGGAGGAUGGACUAUCGAUUGGCAAGGUGUUCCGGGCAAUGAUCUUACAGUUGGCACCACAAUACUCAGCGCCGUGAAAAGCGCAGUCGAGCCUUCCACGCAAGUCGUCUACUCGGAAAAUCCCGAUUCAAAUUUCGUCAAGAACGGGGGUUUUUCUUACGCAAUUGUUGUAGUCGGCGAGGCCCCAUAUGCCGAGAUGUAUGGGGACAGCUCCAACCUCACCAUGAUCGAGCCCGGCCCAAGCACCAUAAAAAACGUGUGUGGUGCCAUUAAGUGUGUUGUGGUUGUUGUUUCGGGCCGGCCCAUUGUGAUGGAGCCCUAUCUUGAGCAUAUAGAUGGGCUUGUGGCCGCUUGGCUUCCAGGGAGCGAAGGUGGGCUGGGCCUGGCUGAUGUCUUGUUUGGGGACUAUGGGUUUAGAGGGAAGCUCGCUCGAACUUGGUUCAAGUCGGUGGAUCAGCUGCCCAUGAAUGUUGGGGACCCGCAUUACGACCCGCUUUUUGAGUUCGGGUUUGGUCUUACCACUAAAGCCAGGCAUGAAAAUUGAACUAGUUAAGAGAGGGAAAAAAUUAAAAAAAAGGGGAUAAAGGGGGAAAAAAAUAUGUUUAAGCAGCUGCAAGAGGGCUUCUUGGGGGCUAAUUUUGGAUAUGAUGAGCAUUUACUAGUGUUUAUAAGACUAGUUUAAUGUUGAAACUGGAUUUGUGACUUGCUGCUGGACAUGUAUUGGUUGGUUAUCAAUAGUGCUGUUAAAUUAAACGAGUC